UGAAAGACACCUGGACACUUCUAUAAGUGCAGAUGAAUUUACCAUGAAAUACCCUUGGCUGGGAAUUAUUGGAGCUGCUUGAAGAAACAAGGAGCGGAACUGUGUAAAUAGGAUUCGAUUAACAGAAGCGGCAUUGCGACAAAAAUCUUUGAAGAAGAUUUGAACCAGAGUUUCAAAAAUGGUUGGACGCUUUCUUGCAAGACUUAGGUUUAAAAGGUUUCCUGCAGAAAAACAUGGUGCAAAAAUUAGGAAUCGCAUUUUACAGAAGGACAGCAACAAAGGAGUCUGCGUUUUGACAAGCUAAGAAGAUCAUCAAUAUAAAGUGUUCCAAUGCUAGCAUUCAGCACAUACAUUUGAAAUAAUACAGCUACAAAGAAGUGCUCAUCGCCAAAACGCUAAUAGUAGCUUCUAUAUUGCUGCAAGUCUUAGAGCAUAUCGCUGCAAGUCUUUGAGCAUUCAUUCACAAUGGCAGCCUGUUCGAGCACAAUGUGGCCGCUAGAUGUUCCAGAACAUCACUUGGUUAUAUGGGGAAUCACAUGUGCGGUGCUUGCGCCAUUCAUUGUGAUACUAAAUGUCCUGUUGGUGUACGCAAUGGUAAAAACAAAGGAGACAAGCAGCUUCACGUCGCAUUUGGUUAUUUGCAUGAGCAUCUCUGACACCGGCAUGGGACUCGUAGUAAUGCCACUCCUUUGUUGUAUGAUGUUUAUCGAGAGCUUGCGGAGUGAUUGUGUUUACCAGAAGGCUAUCCAAUGUAUUGCUUAUGUUUUCGGAAACACGUCAUUCUUUCUUCUGCUAGCAAUUGGCAUUGACCGCUACCUUCUGAUCACGAAACUGCAUAAUUACAGGUCUUUCAUGACCAAAUUUCGCCUUAAAAUCAUCAUUUCGACAAUUGUCGUAGUUUCGAUAGCGCUUGCCAUCAUUACAGUUACAGCAUACAGUUACGUGAUGCAUUUGAUCAUCAUCAGCAGUAACAUCCUUUGCAUUGCGACAAUUUACAUCUUUUACGCGAAGUUGCUUCUUAGGAUUGACAAGCAGUCAGCAUCAAUGUUAAAAGAAGAUUGCACAAGCAACGAAGGCAAGCCACAAGUGAGCAAGAAAAGUCGCCGGCGUAAACGUGAUAUUUCUGUUGCAAGGACGAUCCGAAUUCUUCUUGGCACAAUAUUUCUUCUUUACAUGCCUUACAACUUCAUUUCAUCAACAUGGGGGUACUAUAGAUUUGAAAUGAAGCAGGAUCCUGGCCUAGCCCUCAAUGUGACUGUGUUUUGGACAUAUGUUUUGAUGUUCAUCAAUUGCAUGGCAAAUGUGCUUAUAUAUGGACAUGGGAAUAGCAAGAUUCGUCAUUUUGUUAAAAGUUAUUCGUUCCUUCAUGCAGCCAGGGGCAAUUUUUCUGCAAGCAGGACAGCCUACGACUCUGAAUCAGAAAUCACAAAAGAUGACAGAAAGCAACAGCUACUAUCCCAGUAAUUAAUUAGAAAUGUUUCCAUCUUUUGCACGUGAAACAAGCCUGGUUUAUGACAGAUCCGAAGCCAGGAUUAGCAAGCAUAGUGGUAUGACAUAAUACAAGACUAGGGUUGCUACAAGACAAGGAAAAUCUGUCUACGAGAAUAAAAAUCUUUCCUUGACUUUGUUGAAACAUGUUCGCAAACAUUUCUACAAAUCGAAGUAGAGUGUGAAGUUAGACAACGCAAACCUGCCUAGACUGCAAAUCUCUCGGAAUAGGCAACGAACCCUAACUAAUCGUAAAGUCUGCUCUCUUUCUUUAUCUGAAUUCAUCGAGCAAGGACAUAUGUAGGUAUGCAUGUACAAUCCCCUCACCAAAGUAUUGCACCACCUCGAAGGAGGUAUGCACUGUUUGAAAAGAUGUGAAUUUGUUAAUUUUGAACGUAGGCACAGAGAGCGUGCAUGAUAAAGCACAACUAUUCAAACAUCAAGCGCGAUAUACCCAACUUUUGCUUUAAAGCGUUAGAGUAAACAUGCUCUUUGGCAAUAGCAUUUUCAUUGUCAUAGAUCACUUCAUUAAACCUUUUCCCUCACAUUGAUUCACGCCGAUCAUUCUUAUGCUUGCCUGAAUAUUCCUACAUGAAUGACCAAAAGUCGUUUCAGACAAGAAAGCACCCUAUCCUCUGGUAUUAUCUGUUGCUUCUGUUGUCAAAAUGAAUGUGUAAUUUAUUUUACGUAGCAUGUAAUACACCCAAUAGUUGUAGAAAUUCGACGCCGUGUUUUAUUACCAAUCUUUCUAAACACGGGCUGGACUCUCCCCAUCUGAAUAUCGAAAGAGGAUCAAAAUAAUCUCUAGCAGCUAGAACAUGGUUUAUUACACAUAAAUAGGUCCACCGAGAGGGGGCAGGGAAGAAAUCGUCAAGCAAACAGGAGGCCCGCUGGUAAUUAAACUGUCUCUAUUUGAAAUAUGACUCUUAAUAGCAUGGUAAAUUUAAGAAAAACAAACCUGUUCUUGGAAAGUUUAGAAAUGCUCUUAAAAUAUAAAUCAAAAGUAAAUGCAAAACAUCUAUGCAUUUUGAAUCUAAUUUGGCACAUUUAAGAUUUAUUGUCUUGGAUAGGAAAGGGUCAAAGCAUUAGUAGUUAUUUCAAAAUUUUCAUUGACAUCCAUUCGUCAACUUGCUGUAUUUUCUCAAUUAUUCAUAUGAUUGCAUAAAUGCUGUCGGUUUUUCCUAGGCUUUGUUCAAGCAAGAACUUAAGAAUUUUUCGUUAUGUACUUAAUGUUGUGUGGACUGCAUGUUUGAGCAUUAAGACAGCAGCCCUGAAAAUCACAGUGAUUCACGUAGACGUAACUUACUAUCAAUAUCGUAGUCUUUAUUCUGUAACCGGAGAUCACUGCUUGUUACGAUUAGAAUCAAUUCACAGUGCUAGAAAAUUCAA